AGAUCCACGUCACACAAGCAGUUGUCACAUCACAUUGCGAUAUUUUUGUGGCUCUUUUGGGUGUGUGCUUUCUUCAUGUGUGUUGUGCUACUUAUGUGGAUUAUUAGGUGAUAUUCUUGUUUUUACCGGAUUGUGAUCCUAAACCGCCAAGAUGCCUAAAUCGAUACUAAGUUAUAUUAGCAACGCACUUGACUUAAACAGCAAUGACAGUACUCUGAUGAACGUCCGCGUGACGACGAUGGACGCGGAGCUGGAGUUCGCGAUCCAGCAGACGACCACAGGCAAGCAGCUGUUCGACCAGGUGGUAAAGACGAUCGGUUUGCGCGAGGUCUGGUUCUUCGGCCUCCAGUACACCGACUCCAAGGGCGACCUCACCUGGAUAAAGCUCUACAAGAAGGUGAUGCAGCAGGACGUGAAGAAGGAGAACCCGCUGCAGUUCAAGUUCCGCGCCAAGUUCUACCCGGAGGAUGUGGCCGACGAGCUCAUACAAGAGAUCACGCUCAAACUGUUCUACCUGCAGGUGAAGAAUGCGAUAUUAUCCGACGAGAUCUACUGUCCGCCGGAGACGUCGGUGCUGCUGGCAUCUUACGCGGUGCAGGCUCGCCACGGAGACCACAACCCCGCGCUGCAUGGCGCCGGCUUCCUCGCCAACGACCGUCUGCUGCCGCAGCGCGUCACCGACCAGCACAAGAUGUCCCGCGAGGAGUGGGAGCAGAGCAUCACCAACUGGUGGCAGGAGCACCGCGGGAUGCUGCGCGAGGACGCCAUGAUGGAGUACCUCAAGAUAGCGCAGGACCUCGAGAUGUACGGCGUCAACUACUUCGAGAUCCGCAACAAGAAGAACACCGAGCUGUGGCUGGGUGUUGACGCGCUCGGCCUCAACAUAUACGAGAAGGAUGACAAGCUAACGCCUAAAAUCGGUUUCCCGUGGUCUGAGAUCCGCAACAUCUCGUUCAACGACCGCAAGUUCAUAAUAAAGCCGAUCGACAAGAAGGCGCCGGACUUCGUGUUCUUUGCGCCGCGAGUUCGCGUCAACAAGCGCAUCCUGGCGCUGUGUAUGGGCAACCACGAGCUGUACAUGCGCCGCCGCAAGCCCGACACCAUCGACGUGCAGCAGAUGAAGGCCCAGGCUCGAGAGGAGAAGCUCGCCAAGCAGGCGCAGCGCGAGAAGCUGCAGCUGGAGAUCGCGGCGCGCGAGCGAGCGGAGAAGAAGCAGCAGGAGUACGAGGACCGCCUGCGACAGAUGCAGGAGGAGGUCGAGCGCUCGCAGGCGAAUCUCCUGGAGGCGCAGGACAUGAUCAGACGGCUGGAGGAGCAGCUGCGGCAGCUGCAGGCCGCCAAGGAGGAGCUGGAGCAGCGCCAGAACGAGCUGCAGGCCAUGAUGCAGCGCCUCGAGGAGACCAAGAACAUGGAAGCCGCGGAGCGACAGAAGCUAGAGGAGGAGAUCCAGGCGAAGCAGGAGGAGGUGUCGCGCAUCCAGCAGGAGGUGGAGCAGAAGGACAGCGAGACGCGCCGGCUGCAGGAGGAGGUGGAGGAGGCGCGCCGGCAGCAGGACGCCGCCGCCGCGCUCCUCGCCGCCGCCGCCACCCCGCAGCAUCACCAUCUCAGCGAGCGCACCGAGCGCGAGGCGGAGCGCGACGCGGACGGCAACGCGGACGGUGAACCGGACGCCGAGGGCUCCGACGGCGGCUCCGAGUCCGGCGGCGGCGAGCUGGCGCGAGGCCCCGACGACCUCGUCGACCCGCUCGAUGCGCGCCGCACCCUCGCCGAGCGCAGCGAGCGUCUGCACAACCAGCUCAAGGCCUUGAAACAAGACCUGGCGCAGUCGCGCGACGAGACGAAAGAGACGGCGAUGGACAAGAUCCACCGCGAGAACGUGCGCCAAGGACGCGACAAGUACAAGACUCUGCGCGAGAUCCGCAAGGGCAACACCAAGCGCCGCGUCGACCAGUUCGAGAACAUGUAGGCGCCGCCCGCAGCGCCCACAGCGCCCCGCCCGCCCGCCGGCCGCGCCCACAGCCCCGCCCACAGCGCCCACAGCCCCGCCCACACCGACACUCUGUAUUAUUUUGUAAGAUAUAUACGUCACAACCGAAAUGUUAUUCCGUCGAAGUAGGUUUUAUUGUAGCGGCCGAGUCGUCGCCCGCGUCCCUGGAUACAUCGCGCGUCGCUCACAAAAACUCUGUCACACUGUUUGUGCAUUUGUAAGUAAGUUUACACAAGGUAAAGUUGCGCCAUGUGUCCGGCACACCGCGAUGUGUCCGGGACGUGGCGGCGGGAGGUCGCGCGCCGUCCAUAGCUCCGCGAGAGAUUACACCUUAUCACAUAGUGCGAAAGCUCAAAUUGGAAGAAUGGUGGUCGCGUGUGUCGGAGCAGCCGGAGUCGGGACUGAGUGUAAAUAUUGCUUAUUACAUAUUAGUAAUUUUAUUUUAGAAUAUAAUGUGCUAUAACCGAAUACGAAUACGCGAGUAGCGCGCGACCCGCGACCCGCGACUCGCGACUCGCCACUCGCCACUGCACACAUCUUUGUUUUUAUUAUUAUUUAUAAGUAUUUUUGAUUUUAAUCGAUAACUACGUUAUAUAUCGUGCGCCGAAUGUCAAACAAACACCAAUAUAUUUGAGGAUACUUAAAUUUAUUGAGAGUCUUGCUCAAAGGACGUCCGAAGUGUUUUUGAGCGUUGGGGGGUGAGAGGGAGGGGGGCGUCCCCCUUAUUUAUUUUUAUAAUCAUUUAUAUCGUAGAUGUAGGUCGAAUAGAGCUUCAAGUGUAAUUAGGUCGGACCGUUCCCGCGUUCGCAACUCAGCCAACACUAACUCUGUCAGAACAACAUAUUUAAAUGGCCGCUGAAAUGUUUUAUUGUAUGCUUUAUAUAUGAUGUGUAUAAUGUUAUUUUGUAAGUGACUUUUGAAGGCAUUCCAUAUGUUACAAUGCGGUGGCGUGUUGAGUUGAUUGGGUGAGAAAUAGUUGCAAUAAUUAGUACGAGUCGUUUGUAAUGUGAGUGCCAUCGGCCGCAGCCGUGCCGCAGCCGCACCGCAGCCGCGCCGCCGCCGCACCGCCGCCGCGCGUUGCGUCCUUUCCAAACUUAUACAAUACCAUGUUGCCUUUCAAUCUAGGACGAAAUUUUUUUCAAAUAAAAUGUUUAAGUAAAAUA